AUAAUAAUUUAGAAAAAAUAAAAAUAAAAAUUUGUCUGCCAGACGAAUAAUCAACGUGGUUGACCCUGUCCCUCAUUUUCAUCUGAAUCUGAGAGAAGCGAAGGGCGGGGAAGAAGAAUCACAAUCCUCUUCCGUUUGCUCCGUUGCAGCGUCGCCCUCAACUCCUGCCAUCUCCGCCCUCUCAAUCGUCAGGGAAAAGGUCUCUGUGCUGCCUAUGGAAGUGCAUGAGUUUCUACACAAGUGAUGCUUGAAGCCUCUUUGCUAAUUGAAUUGAGAUAUCGAGUAAAAUGGCAUCAAGUUUUCUGAACAUAGUGAAUGCUACUUUAGAUUGGGUGACAGCGACUUUGGAUGCUCCCUCUUCUCGAGCUAUUGUUUUUGGAGUUCCUAUUGGCGGACAUUUAUUUGUAGAAGUUCUUCUUUUCUUAGUCAUUGUUUUUCUACUUUCCCAGAAAAGUUACAAGCCACCUAAGCGGCCUUUAACAGAGAAGGAAAUAGAUGAGCUAUGUGAGGAAUGGGUUCCUGAAUCUCUUAUUCCUCCUAUCACGGAAGAGAUGCAGUAUGAACCCCCAGUGUUGGAAAGUGCUGCAGGGCCACAUGCAAUAAUCAAUGGUAAAGAAGUCGUGAACUUUGCUGCAGCAAAUUAUCUUGGAUUGAUAGGACAUGAGAAAUUACUUGAGUCAUGUACCUCUGCAUUGGAGAAAUAUGGUGUUGGUUCCUGUGGUCCUCGUGGGUUUUAUGGAACAAUUGAUGUUCACCUUGAUUGUGAGGCAAGAAUAGCAAAGUUUUUGGGAACUCCUGACUCAAUUGUCUAUUCGUAUGGACUGUCUACCAUGUUCAGUGCAAUUCCCGCAUUUUGCAAGAAAGGAGAUAUUAUUGUUGUGGAUGAAGGAGUCCAUUGGGGAAUUCAAAAUGGUCUAUAUCUUUCUAGAAGUACAAUUGUGUACUUCAAGCACAAUGACAUGGAAUCUUUAAGAAAUACUCUGGAGAAAAUCACUGUGAAGAAUCAGCGGGCUAAGAAAUUGAGGCGCUACAUCGUGGUUGAAGCUGUGUACCAGAAUUCUGGCCAAAUAGCCCCCUUGGACGAGAUUGUUAAAUUGAAGGAGAAAUAUAGGUUUCGUGUUGUAUUGGAUGAGAGCAACUCAUUUGGUGUGCUUGGAAAAGCUGGAAGAGGUCUCACUGAAUUCUGUGGGGUUCCGGUAGAAAAAAUUGAUAUUAUUACUGCUGCAAUGGGACACGCAUUGGCCACAGAAGGAGGAUUCUGCACUGGAAGUGCUAGAGUCACUGAUCACCAACGAUUGAGCAGUUCUGGGUACGUCUUUUCUGCUUCUUUGCCCCCAUAUCUUGCAAGUGGUGCCAUUACUGCCAUUGAUGUCCUUGAGGAAAACCCUGAUCUGAUAACAAAGCUGAAGAAAAACAUUGCUGUAUUAUGGAAAGGUUUGUCAGGUAUACUUGGCCUCUCAUUAGCGAGCAAUCCUGAAUCACCCAUUGUUUUUCUUAGACUAGAGAAGUCAACAGGUUCCGUGAAGAGUGACCUACAACUCCUUGAAGAUAUUUCUGACCGUUUGUUGAAGGAAUAUUCCAUUUUUGUGGUGACCUCCAAAAGGUCAACCCUUGAUAAAUGUCGUCUGCCCGUAGGAAUUAGAUUGUUUGUUUCUGCUGCCCAUUUGGAAUCUGAUCUGCUCAAGGCAUCCGAAUCGCUAAAAAGGGUUGCAGAAUCGGUGCUGAAGGAUCAUAUUUGACUGGUGGACGCCUGAUUUCUCUCGCUUACACAUGCACUUGGACAGGAUCUGGAUGCAGGAGCACACCCAGUGUCUUUGUGAAGAUGCCCUUCGAUGGUUGAACAGUUUUGUAAUGCAGACUAACAAAGAAAGGCCUUCGAAUGUGGAUAAUUUAUGCGAUAGAGAUAUGAUUAAAUUAAAAUUGCAGUGUUUUUUGUCCCUUUUUUGACAUGUGAAAAGUCAGUCUAGAACACAGGUGUAUUUUUUAUUUGUUCGCAAUGCCGUGGAAAUUUUCACGUCACUCGUGUACAUUUGUUGUUCUUGGUGCUGUCUUAUGAAUUCUUUACCCUUUUAGUGGGAAUGAAGGAAAUAUCAAUCAUUCUACCUUUUGGAUA